AUGCAUAUGAUUAAAUUAUUACCCGUUGUUAUUAUUCUCGUUACUCAUAGCAAAGCAGCGGAGCAUCAAAAUAUUUACUUGGAUGACUGGGAUGCUGAAAAAGACUGGACCUCACAUUUUGGGCCAUGCAGGACUCAUUUUAUGUUCAAAUUUUCGCCAUGUGAAUCGAAAACAAAAAUGUUGGCAUGCUGUCGGCGCUUUAAUCCGUUUGUGCUCUUCAUUCUUCUGGUCCUCAGUAUAAUAACUAUAGCUGCUGUGCCGAUACUGAUGCUAUGUAUAAUUUGUCCACCAUGGCGUGUUCUAUGCGAAUGUUGCUUAUGUUGCGCAUGUUGCGCCAUCGAUGAAAAUGGGAACUUUAUUCAUUUUGCAGAAGAGGAAGAGAAAAAUACUGAAGAAUUCGAUAUCAAAACAGAAGAGCAAAGUUCUAUCAGAAGCAGAAUAGCAUCACCAUCAAAACAGUCGAAGAUUACUUUAUCCUACAGUGCAGAAGGUUCUCAGAGAGGUGCAAACAUUGUAACCUCGGAAUUACUAAGCGGUCAAAAAGAUAAAGAAGCCAUUCUACCAAUGAAGUCUUUGAAAUCUUCAUCUACCAGUAUCAUUUAG